AGUAGAAACACAACCAGUCUCUGUUCUCAACCACCAUCGGAAAGAAAAGAAUCAUGAAGUCUUUCCAGUUGAUCAGAGCUCUGCUCCUACUGAGCUUGGCCCGUGGGAAACCAGUCGUGGUCAGAAAGCGCAUGGUGGGAGGGCAGGAGGCCAUUAAAGGGCACAAUCCCUGGCAAGCCAUUGUGUGGAUUCCUGGCCAAUACUACUGCGGUGGAUCUCUCAUCAGUAGCAACUUCGUUCUGACUGCGGCUCAUUGUUUAGAAGUCCUUGAUGUCUCCUCUGUUAUUGUGAUCCUUGGGGCCUACAAAAUAACUGGAAACCCCAAGGAGGAAAUUUCUGUUCCCGUGAAACGGAUCGUUGUGCACCCUAGUUACAAUCAGUCGGAUAAUUCUGCAGACAUUGCCCUUAUAGAGCUCACACAGAACGUGCUCUAUACACAGAACAUCCGGCCAGUGUGUCUGCCUUCAGCUUCCGCUGUAUUUGCCCCUGGUCAAAGCUGUGUUGUAACCGGAUGGGGAUAUCUUGAGCUUAAUAGAACCAAACCAAAGCCUGUUAUUCUACAGGAGGCGGAGGUGCGUUUGAUAAGCACAGAGCAGUGCAGGAAUUACUAUGAGAGAAAGGGAGUUGGGCCUCUCGUUGCGGAUGGCUUGAUCUGUGCCAUGGAUAUCCUAGGAAGAAGUGGACCCUGCCUGGGUGACAGUGGGGGGCCACUGGUUUGCUACAAGGGCGAGCGGAGGUUCUUGGUUGGAGUGGUGACUUUUGCAUCUGGUUGUGGCGGUGAACCCCCUUCAGUGUAUACUAGUGUGUCUAUCUACAUAGACUGGAUUGAGAAAUAUGUGGAUUCUACUGAAGACUACUGUUACAGAGUCAGGGGUCAGUCCUGUGCUGGGAAGAGAAGAAUAAACAUGAUUCCUCUACUACAAGCUCUUCUGCUGUUCAACCUGGGUCUCCUUGGGAUUAAUGGAGCUACAGAAUGUGGAAUACCGUUGGUCUCCAGGCGCAUUAUGGGGGGACAGGAUUCACAGGAAGGACGAUGGCCCUGGCAAGUCAGCUUGAGGAGGAAUGGAAAACACUUCUGCGGUGGAACUCUUAUUUCCAACCUGUGGGUCGUCUCUGCUGCUCACUGCUUCCCUAAUCCUAGCAUUGCAAGUUCUGUCACUGUGUUUCUUGGGUCCUACAAGAUAGGCCAGCCAGAUGGCAAUGAGGUUCCCAUUGCAGUUAAGAGAGUAUAUAAUAAUUCCACUUACCAUAAUGAAGGAGACAGUGGGGACAUCAGCCUUAUAGAACUUGUGAAGGAGGUCACCUACACUAACUACAUCCUCCCAGUUUGUCUACCUGAUUCUACUGUGACUUUCCCCAGAGGCCUAAAAUGCUGGGUGACCGGCUGGGGAAAUAUCAAGUAUGGAUCCAGUCUACCAAGCCCAAAGACCCUGCAGGAAGUAGCUGUGCCUCUGAUUAAUGCAACCGAGUGUGAUGGUUAUUAUCAAACCCCAACAUCUGCUGGAACAAGUACCCUAAGGGUUCGCAAUGACAUGAUAUGUGCAGGGUACCUCAAUGGCGGCAAAGACUCCUGCCAGGGAGACUCUGGGGGACCUUUGGUUUGUUCUACAGGUUACCAAUGGUUCUUGGCCGGUGUGGUGAGUUUUGGUGAGGGCUGUGGGGAGCCGUACCGCCCAGGCGUAUGUACUCUCCUGACUGCGUAUAGUGAAUGGAUAGUGUCAAACGUUCAUAAUGCCUCUGUGAAUGUGAAGUCUGCAACAUUUUCAGGACCUAUUAUUUCUCUUGAUAACACAGCUACACCUACCAGUUCUAUUGAUAACGCAGCUCCAUCCAUCAUUAGCUCCAUUCUACAUGUCAUUUGGAUGACUGUUCUGCUAUUUUGCCUAUGAUGUCCUUCCAAGUGUAUCGUAGAUUAACAUUUUGGCAAAUGGAAGAAUGAGAAACCAGGUUGGUAGAAACACACAGGAUGAAGCUGAUAUUGUCCUUCACCAACCAUUAAUGAUAAUGUUAAUGUAUGAAUAAAUAGCUUAGAAUGCC